AUGCCAGGUGGACAAGAAAUAGCUAUAAAGUUGUUGUCAGAGUGGUCUAAACAAGGAUUAUCGGAGUUCAAAAAUGAGCUUAUUCUCAUCGCUAGACUCCAGCACACAAAUCUUGUCAAGUUGGUAGGUUUUUGUGUACAUGGAGAUCAGAAGAUGCUUAUUUACGAGUACAUGCCCAAUAAAAGUUUGGACUUUUUCCUAUUUGGUAAGCAUCAUAUUUUACAUAACUUUUGCCAUAGUGAGCAUCAUCUUUGAAAAUGCACAUAGUUUUGUGCACUUAGAAGUGAAUAAGAUUCCAAUCUAACUCUUCUAAAACUCUUGCUUGCAUAUUAGAUCCAAAUAAAAGGAGACUAUUAUCGUGGGAGAGAUGUUUUAGCAUUAUUGAAGGGAUUGCUCAAGGACUACUUUAUCUUCACAAAUAUUCAAGGUUGAGAAUAGUUCAUCGAGAUUUGAAAGCUAGUAAUAUCUUACUUGACGAAAACAUGAACCCUAAGAUUUCCGACUUUGGAAUGGCAAAGAUUCUCAAACAGAACGUCCCUGAAGACAAUACCACAAGAUUUGCUGGAACAUUUGGAUACAUGGCACCUGAGUAUGCCAAAGAGGGAAUUUUCUCAACUAAAUCUGACGUUUACAGCUUUGGAGUUUUGGUUCUUGAAAUUGCAAGUGGGAGGAAAAAUAAUUGCUUUCACAAUGAGGGAGGCCCCCUCAAUUUAGUCGAAUAUGCAUGGGAGCUGUGGAAUACAGAGGCUAUAGUAGAGCUCAUAGAUCCAACACUUAGUGAUUCUUGCUUCGCGAAGGAACAAGUGGAAAGGGCUAUUCAUGUGGGAUUACUGUGUGUUGAAGAAUGUGCAGCUGAUAGGCCUAACAUGGAAGAUGUCCUUUCCAUACUUAAUAAUACCAAUAUAGAUUUACCAAAGCCAAAAAGACCUGCAUUUGUCUCCAGAUUUUGUGUGUUUAAUGAAUCCCAGAAGGACCAGACAGGAAAAUAUUCAGAAAAUGGAUUAUCCAUCUCUACGGUUCAAGGGAGAUGAGCAUUUUUACUUGUUAUGUGUACCAAAAAUAGAUGUCCACUUUUACUUGUCCAGUUUGGAAAACCAAG